CCCUUUACUUUUUAUAUAUAAAGACUUAUCAGUUUAUCUUCCACUCAAAGCAUCACAAGCAUUGCAUCAAGCCAUGGACUGGUUUUCAUGGCUAUCAAAAACUCAUCUUAAACCUCCAUUCAUUCACGAAUACGCAGUAGCGUUCUCCCAAAAUCAACUCGAAGAAGACGAUAUCGCUUAUUUCAACCAUGAAUUCCUUCAAAGCAUGGGAAUCUCCAUAGCCAAACACAGGCUUGAGAUACUCAAGCUCGCAAAAGGCUCAUCUGCUUGGCACCCAAUUGCUAAAAUAAUGAUAGCCAUCAAGAAAACCAAAAGAACCUUGGGUAGUUACAUUAGAACAUGGGUGCACCACAAUGAUUCGGCUAUGAUCAGGGUGAAGAGAAGGAGUUACAGUUCAAGAUGGAAAGAGGCCAUGGCCAAGAGGAGCAACAGGUUGGUGAUGAACAGACGAGGCUCUGCAACUCUUUUGAUCAAUAAUGGCUACCCGCCGGUGGUUAAAUCCGGAGGCGCGAGAGUGAAUAGCUUAUCGAGUCCAUUGGUUUACGAUCUCCACUAUGACCAAGGGAAAACAGACGGCGGCGACGAUGAAGGAAAUUGCUUCACCGACGAUGAAGACGACGACGGCGAUGGUGGCAGAUAUUGGUCUGGUAGAGGUGUUGAAGAGAUCAAGUGGGAUGCUAUGUUCCACAACUUAAAACCCACUUAGAUCAAAUCGGAAAUUACACCGAAGAACACCCCUGAUUCUUGGCUAUCCGUUUGUAAUUCGUAAGGUGCUUGUUUAUUUUCUGACAUGAUCUUGAAACUACAUAAUCCAGUACGUAUUUAGGCCAGUUUUUCACGUAAUGAGGAAAUCAUGAUUUAGUGUAAAGUUACUUAAGAUAGUAUCAAUGGUGUCUAUUUUCCACUUAAAUGAGUUUCUUGGGAUGACUAAAUUGAAAUAUAAUGCAAUUAGAUA